UUCAGCAAAGUCAAGAUCAAGACAUCAUUACAGAUUUGCAUGAUUUGGAAAGAAGCAUAGCUAGCUUAGAAACGUUCGGUGUGACACAUUGAGACCAAGAUUUUUGAGACUAAGGAAUUACAGACCAAGAUGUUAAGCGCUUUUAAAUUCCAUUCACCAUUGAAGAAGUGCAACCCAGCCUUGAUCACAAGUGUUUGCCUUCAAGGUCAGCGCUACCAAAUUGAACCCUCAAACUUUGUCAGGGCUAGCAGACGUACAAUGAGUGACUCUAAGGCAGGAGGUGGGACAGAGCUAUCACCAUGGCAACAAGGAUUUUACAAAUAUUUUCUUCCGAUCCAGACGAGGUUUCGAGAUGCUGAUAUGUUUGGUCAUGUGAAUAAUGCAGUCUACUACUCCUACUGUGAUACGGUCAUUAAUGAGUACCUGAGUAAAUACUGUGGAGUCAGGCACUCAAAAAAGAAUCCAAAUGAGCCGAAUAUAGUUGGGUUCAUGGUUGAUACCAGAUGCUCGUAUCGGCAACCACUCAAUUUUCCUGAGGUCAUCCUGGCUGGCAUGGCUGUCACCAAACUUGGAAACUCCAGUGUGACUUACACAGUUGGAAUCUUUGCGGAGAAAGAGGCGAGCAAAGAAGUCACCAAGGCAUUAUCAGUAGGUGGUCAUCUGAUAGAAAAGAAUGAUUUGGCUGGCUUUGAUGGUUUCAAGGAAAUGGCGGCCUCAGUAGGACAGUGUGUUCAUGUCUUCGUAGAUCUGAAUGGAGAUCAGAGGCCUCUAAGAAUACCAGAUGAAAAUAGAAUACCUCUAUCAAAUAUCAUGGUCCCCUUUGAGGGUCAAAUCAGCAAAUUAUGAGCUGAUCUUUACAGGAUUUUAAAUUCAAAUAAAUAGUAUAUCAUGUUGUGGAAGAGGUUCAUCCUGGCGAUGGAUUGAGUAGAAGAAUAGUAAUAAGUUGUCUCACGAUGGAUCAAACGUUGGUUUAUCAUUUUAGAAAUGAUGGAAAAGCAAAGAAAACAACAAAUUGUUGUCCUUUAAUAGCAGUUGUGUUUACUCCUGUUUGAAGGAAUAAAUGUAUUCAUGGUGCCAGGGAUAUCAAAUUAAUUUUGUUUUAAAAUAGGUCUUUGUAAUUCAAGUUUGCCUGUAGCUGCCAAUGUAUUUACGAAGCAAACCAUAACAAUUUUAGGAUUUUUUUUAUUUUAUUAAGAAUACCUAGCUGUAUUGAAAUACCAGCAGUACCUUAGGCAUUUAUUUGAUUGAUAUGCUAACAUAAUAUUUUUACCAUUUAAUAAGAUAUUGACAUUGACAAUGUUACAUUUCCCAAUAUACAAAAACAACAAAUUGAGAUCAAUAUUAUCCAAUUAUGCAAUAACAUACCGGUAUUUCAAGGUACUUGCAUACAUUUAUCCUCAUCGUCAAUAAUUAAAUUAAAACUGCUUGAACCAAUUAUAAUCCAUAUGAUUAGGGUAUUCUGUGCCAAGCACCCACCAACAAAUAUGGUGUCAACUGUCAACUAAAAUGUAAAAACCUAUAUAAUGCUGUAAACAAACUCAUUACACAACUAUACCAUAUUUGUUUUUGUCUCACCUGCGAAGCAAAGUGAGACUAUAGGCGCCGCUUUUCCGACGGCGGCGGCGGCGUCAAC